GAAAAACACCCUGAAAAAGAAACCCAAGUGAACGAGAACGAAAACGAGAACGACGAGUGAACGAGUUUAGCAAGUUGUUGAGUUGGUUGACAUAUUGCGAUGUAGUGAUUGAUUUUCUCAAAAAAACAUCCUUUUUCUCAAAUCAAAUCAAGUUCAAUCUUCAAUCGCCGAUCAAAGAAUAUCAAUUUAAAGAAAAGGUUAUUGUAAAGUCUUUCUCCAACCAAGAAGUGCUCUCCAAAACCAUAAGUGCCCCAAAGUGUGUGAGAAGUGAGGUGUGCAAAAAAGAUACAAAGAUUUUUGUUCUUUUCACAUCACCAAACCGCAACGCACCGCACCGCCACCGUCUCCUUCGCGGCGGUCACAGUCACAGUAUCGCUGUCGCUAUAUCGCAGUUGUCCUAUCUCGAUUAUCGAGUUCUUGUUCUUGCGGUGUGCCUGUGCCUCUCUGGUCUCUGCCUUUUUGCCUCCGACUCCGACUCUGCCUGUGCUGUGCAUUGCUUUUCCAAGAAAUCAAAAUUUGCUCAUCGGCUGACUAAACGAUAUACCAAGACGACGAAUACACGACAGACGGCACGGACGACGACGGUGUCUGUCUGGUCUUAGUCUUCUCUGGUGCUACAGCUAGAUUAAAAACAAAAAAAGUGCAUUUUUCUCGCCUUCGGCUUCGGUGGAAAUUCGAUUGGAAAAUUUAAAAAGAAAAUCCUUCUAAAGUGUUCUGUUCUGUUGAGAAAGAAAAAAAAUAUAUACAUAAAGAAAAAUACCUCCUUCUUCCUUCGUCACAAUAUAUGUACAUAUAUAUUUGUACAGGAAGAAGACACCAAACCAAAACCAGCAGAAGCAGAAGCACCAGCGCCGCCAGCAAGCAAAAGCAAACACAAACACACAAACAAAAUCGUCGCAUUCCUCUUUUGCAUGCAACACUUGUGCUUGGCGAAUCCGCCCAUUGGAUUAAAAUUAAAACCGAAAUAAUUCUCUUCUCAUCGCACAAUCUUCCUGCGUCAUCUCCUUUAUCAGUGUUUUGCGGUAAUAUUCGCCCUGUUCCACAUCCAAACACCACCACCACCGCCGCACCGUCACCAUUAAUCUCGGUUCUCCUGCAAACAAAAUUAAAAAAGAUUUACCAAUAAUUUUAUUUUGAAAAAAAGCAAAGAAAAAAAUAUUCAAAAAUCGACUUUUUUUGUUUCAAGUCAAUAUUGGAUUCUCGUCUCUCCUCUCGCGUGGUUUCUUUCUUCAGGCCAUAAAUACAUUACAACUCCUUUUUGGAUUUUCGUCGUCCUGCGUCACUUCAGUCAAGACCAAAAAUCGUGAUCGACCAAAAACACCGAAUUUGAAGAAAAGCACGGAUUUAGAUUUUUGUUUCCGUUUUGCUUCUUGGAUUUUACAGCUUCCCUUUGGCCUUUGCCUGCUGCGCCCGGCUUGGUACAGGAAAAACAUACAAAAAACAGUGUUGUCACUUUGAUGUUAUUUAUUUGGAAAAUCUAAUACCUUAAUAGAACCAGGCUAAAGUGACAGCGCCGCACCAUCAACAAGGAAUGUAUCUACCAACAAAAAUUUUCACUACACCUUGAAAAGCUCAAAGAGAAAAUAUACACUCCACCACCGCACAUACGUACAAAAAGAAAAUAAGGAAAAACCAACCAAAAAGCAACAACAACUACAACAAAACAUUACACUAAAGGUGCGUGCUUAAGAGAGUCAGAAAAAAAAGAGUGUCGUCGCUGAAGGAUUCAAGGAAUACAAAAGGAAAGUGAAGGCAAUGUCAAACAACCUCUAAAAGCAAGAAAACAAAAAAACGAAAGAAAUACAAAAAAAUUACAAUAUUUUAUCACCGCAAAAUAUUUUAAAAUAAACACGAAUAAGAAAAAAAUCCUUCAGUAAAAGAUAUUUUCGUACCGAGUCAAAUUAUCAUACGAAUUUGUUGUUGUUGUAUUAAAAUUAUAUUUUUUCAUCGCUAAAGCUGUCGUUGUCGUUGCCUUGGUCGUUGUCUCACCAGUUUCCGGCUUUCAUCGUUUCUUCGUUCUUACCUUUAAGAACCUACGACGACUACGACGAUAUACAACGUUACGAGUAACGAGACGACUCAACGGUGUGGGAAUUAAUUAAAUGCAUUGAAGAGGAAAACGCACAAAAACAGAAAAAAAUAAAAUAAAAGAAGAGACUAUUGAAAAAAUCAAAAGGUGCCAUCAGCUCAGUACUCGUCAUCAUCAACCUAACAAAAACAAAAUCCAAAACCAAUCCAAACCAAACCACUACAUCACAUCACACGACUCCAACUCUAUACCAUAGCACGACCAACCCCUUGUUGUGUCCUCUCUCACUGUUUUAUUUUUUUUUGUGUGAGCUGUGAGCUCUUCGUCUUCGUUCUUGGUGGUGUCUCUUGUGUUGUAGAAGUUAGAUAGGUAUACACCAAAAUAAUCGAAGCAAAGAAGAAAGUGAAACGAGAGACGCGCCCCACACGAGAUCCAGGACCUGUUGGUGCUCCACUGAAAUUCUAUCGUGUGCUUAAGGAGUAACGUGGUUGUCAUCAUCGUCUAUUCUUUUAUAUAUCUUUCAUCAGUUCACUCAUCAACCCCCUUAACCGAAGAAAAAUAAAUAAUUUGCAAGCGCAAAGGUACACUAGUCUUAAAAAACUAUCAUGGCAGAAGCAUGUGUGACAUCAGCAUCGGCGACGGCCAAUAACACGAACAAUAACGGUGUUGCUGUUCCAUCGAAUCCCAAUGCCGAAGUGAUUAGAGGUCAAAUCUUCGAAGUUGGCCCUCGUUAUAAGGAUUUGUUAUACAUAGGCGAAGGUGCUUAUGGAAUGGUUGUAUCUGCUCUGGACACUAUGACAAACACCAAGGUGGCAAUUAAGAAAAUCUCCCCAUUUGAACAUCAGACCUAUUGUCAGAGGACACUGCGAGAGAUAAAGAUUUUAACACGCUUUAGGCAUGAGAACAUAAUCGAUAUACGAGACAUCCUGCGGGUAGAUAGCAUAGAACAAAUGAAAGAUGUAUAUAUUGUACAGUGUUUAAUGGAGACUGAUCUAUAUAAACUACUCAAAACUCAGAGGCUAAGUAAUGAUCACAUAUGUUAUUUUCUCUAUCAAAUUCUUCGUGGCUUAAAAUAUAUCCAUUCGGCAAAUGUCUUACAUCGGGAUUUGAAACCCAGUAAUUUACUGUUAAACACAACGUGCGAUCUUAAGAUUUGUGAUUUUGGUUUGGCGCGUGUAGCUGAUCCCGAACACGACCAUACGGGAUUUUUGACGGAGUACGUUGCAACAAGAUGGUAUAGAGCACCAGAAAUUAUGUUGAAUUCAAAAGGUUACACAAAAUCAAUUGAUAUGUGGUCAGUUGGUUGUAUAUUGGCCGAAAUGUUAAGUAAUCGGCCAAUAUUCCCUGGAAAACACUACCUAGAUCAAUUAAAUCAUAUUCUUGGUGUUCUAGGAUCACCAUCACAAGAGGAUUUGGAAUGUAUUAUCAAUGAUAAGGCUCGUAAUUAUUUGGAAUCUUUGCCGUUUAAGCCAAAAGUUCCCUGGGUACGGUUAUUCCACAACGCUGACCAGUUAGCAUUAGAUCUCUUAGGCAAAAUGCUGACAUUUAACCCCCACAAUAGAAUAACAGUAGAAGAAGCGCUAGCACAUCCUUACUUGGAACAAUACUAUGAUCCUGGUGAUGAGCCUGUUGCCGAUGAACCAUUCCGCAUCGGCAUGGAACUCGAUGAUCUUCCACGUGAAACACUGAAAACCCUCAUUUUCGAAGAGACCCUUAAAUUUAAAGAAACACUUCCCGAUCAAGCCGUGUAGACACAUCAAUAAAUUUCAAUCGCUAUUUCUUAAAUUCCAAAACUCCUUUUUUUUAAAUUUCUUUUAUUAAAAACAAAAAAAAAAAACAAAUGUUUGUUUCCACAUAAAAGUUUUUUUUUUCUCAAAAAAAAAAAAAAAUGAAACACAACACAAAUUAUUGUAUUUAAAUAAUAAAUACUGUUAUCGUUUAUGUUUGGGUACAACAACACACAACAAGUUAAGUCGAUAAAAGUAUUCGCAAUCAAAGAAAAAAAAGUGUAUUUUGUAUUUAUUAAACAAAAAUCUUGCUUAGACAAACAAAAAACAUAAAAACAAAAAUAACUUUUAUGCUUUGAUACAUUUUUUGUUUUUUUAAUUUUUUACAAUACAAAAGAAAAAAUCAAUCAAAAUUAUUUUUAUUAGUACACUUUAAAAUUACUAUAUUAUAAAUAUAUCGUUAUAAGACAAAAAUAAAUUGUUUAUGGUUUUUUUUUUUAAAUGAUUAUUCUGGUUUAUUUAUGAAAAAAGUAGUUAUUAUAAAUUUUAAAUUUAAAUUAAAAACAAACAAAAAAAACAACUUUUUAAAAAUACAUUUAUAUAUCUCAUAUAAUUGUUAUAAAUUUUCAUCUUUCAAUUUAUUAAAUGUGUACUAAUUAUUGAGAGAAUAAUGUGAUUUACUUAAAAAAAAGAUAGCUAUAUAUAUAUACUAAAUAAACAAAAAAUAUCAGUGAAAAAGAGCAUGAACAAAGUAAAGGCAAACCAAUGAAAGCAAGAUGAUUAACAAAAGCAGAAAGUUAUAACAAAACAAAAAGUAUUUAAAUUUAUUUGUACGUGUGUUUGUCCUUCCACAAUUUUUAAGUGUUUUCAAUGCAACAAAAUGGUGUUUUUAGAAAUAAUACAAACAAAAACAAAAGAAUAAAAACAACAUAUAGCUAAUUUAUCUGAGAUUUAUUCAAAAUUAUUGACAAGAACUAUAAAAAAAAUGUAUUGUAUUUCAAAGUAUCAAUCAAUUAUUAUUUUAUUUUUGUCAAAAAAUGUCAAAUAUCAAAUUUCGAAUCGCAUUUUAUUCCUCUAUUUGUAAAUUUUUUUCUUUCUGAAUGUGUUCUUUAAAAAUAUAAAAAUUUAAAAUUAAAAACAAACAAAAUAAAAAAACAACAAUUCAAUAAAAAUAAAAAAAGGAUAGAUGGAAAAUGUAAAUAUUUUCAGAUAAGAUUAAAAACAUUUUAAUACAUAAUAUUAUUAUAAUCUUUUUUGGAUCUUUUUUUUUGUUUACUUUUUUUGUUUGAAUAUAUUUCUCAGAAUCAGUAUACGAUGUUUUAUUUUAUUUUUAGUUGAUUUCCUUUUUUUAAACAAUUUUUAUUUGAUGAACAAUUGCGAAGUAUGUUUUUUCAGCGUUUCUGAAAGGGAUUUUAAUGCAAGUUACAUAUGAAUAGUUUUGUUUUAAGCUCCAAUUAAACUUCUGACCUUUUAUUUUGGAUCUUUAUCUUUUACCAUUCUCAAUGGUUCAUGAAUAACACUUCACGUUUGCUUAAGAAAAUCGAAAUCGUCGUACAACACUUUGGAUCAGGUUCUUCAUAUAAAUUCCAAUUUUCAAAAUCUAUCGGAAUUUGGAACACUGAAAACAACGAUUCCAUUCGAUUAUAAAAAAAACCUAAAAGGAUCAUUAAUUUUUCUAAAAUGAAAGAAAUUAUGUGAUAACGGCAUAAUGAGAUUCUGUUCGAAUGCACUCGUUCAUUUUUGAGUUACAUGGACUUCCCCGUUUUGAAUACACUAGAGGCAUGAUUCUUUUUUUCAUUUGAAGUAAGAAUCUUUGAAAGAGUCUAUGAUUUGGCCGAUUGCUUCAACAAUAUAUCUCUAGCACACACAGAAUAGGGCCACAAAAGCUAAAAAAAAAAACAAAAACAUUCAAACUUUGAUUGAUGGGCAUCAUGAUAUUCUAUAGCCAAAAAGAAUGUUUCGUCUAAUAGAAUAACACAAUGGGCAGGUUCAGCCAAUAUAAAUGACUAUUUGCAAUCAACUUCAUUCUUUGAACGUAAAUUUUGACCAAGUUAGUUUUUCAAGCGUCAUGAAUUUCAAAUUCAGAACUUUACUUCGCAAAUCUCUACUUUAAGUUCAUAAUAGGAAAAGUACCAACAAAAUUACUGCCUGAAAAACAUUUCUCAGGCAAGCUACAAGUCCACCACGAUUUGUAUUUUGUGUUGUAAAGAAAUAUAAGUCAUUUAUUUUCCAAACAAGGAACCCUUUUACAGAAAGCAUUAAAUAAAGUUGUGCAGAAAAUAAACAAAUCAUAGAGUAAUAAAGUUCAGCUUUCAGUUCAAUGAAAAAAAACAUUAUCAACUGUCAUUUUGAUAGAAGUAGACUUGACUUGAUAGUUGGGGUGAUUUUUCUUGACUUAAUUUCCAGUCAGCUUUCCAUUAAAAUUGCCUUAAUUGGAAGGUAAUUUUUUGGCAGCUGGCCAAUCAGAUACUAGAAACUUGCAUAACUUUCAAGUCCCUUAUGUCGUCUGAACCAGCCCAAUAACAAUUUUGUUUUCUACCGAGUAGAGAAUAAAUCCUCUACUCUAAUCUAAAAGAGUAUUAAAUUCAUAUAUGGUUGUACAUGUCAGACUGAGGUACAAGGAACCAAGUUCGAAAAAAAGUCUUUGGAAGAGUUGUUGGGUCUGUCCCCUAUCCUGGAAAGAUGUUACAAUUCUAAGAAAUCAACUUAAACAAAAAUGUAUGAAUAAAUAAAUUAUAUAUGUAAUUAAUUUUGGGCUAUUCGACUUAAAGAUCUAUUGUGCCCUGUUCUAAAACCUGGAUUAGUUUGUUAUUUGAACAUUUCUUACUCCAAGUUUAUCAUGUUGGGGGAAUGAAAGUCGUUGAGAGAAAGGGGACAUAUUUUUCUUCCAGGCGUUUGCCUCCAUUGGUGCGUGAGUGCAUCAGGUUAUCCUUACAUGUAGUGAUACGUAUCUUUAUAGUUGUUUCAAAACUUACGGCACUGUUAGUGAAACUCUGUACAUCGAAGUGACUAUUUAAAAACCAUCUUAGAUUAUUCCUACUUAAAGUUGUGUAGUUGUUUAUGGUUACAAUUCUCAAGUGAUGUCUGCCUCAUUUUAUGGAAUUCUUUCCAGAUUUGUAUGUGUAUUAUUUUUAAAAACGUUUUCUUCUAUUCCACAGAAAGUUUCAGGACCUUUCUUUCAGUGGAGUAGUAGCAUUUUAUCUCCCUGAAGGCCAACAUGGUUCGGUAUUUAAUGAAGUGACAGUAUUUUUAUUACCAAGUUCCAUCAAUAUGUCAAUACAUUCCCAUAAUUUGUUUUUGAAACCAAUAGAGUAGGAAAUGAGUUAUUAGAUAUUCACCCUUUUUAAGGAUACGAAACGUUUGAAAAACGACAAUGCUCUGGCUUUAGAGGUAAUAGUUAGCUUUUAACUAUUCUAGAAGGUUUAAGACAAAAACAAAGAGAACACCGUGAGUUCUAUUUCCUUCGAACAUCAACGUUUGCUUCUAGAGCUGUAUGCAGUCCUUUUAAUAAAACAAAGACUGUAAUAAAGGUGAUUGUUUCUUCUAGCUCACAUAAGUGAAGACAAAAAGGCCAUUAAAAAAGUUCUAGCCGCACUACACGGAUGUGGAAUGCUUUACCUGACUCAAUAUUUCCCUCUCAUUACAAUGUGCAGACAUUCAAAAUCAACGUACAUCGGUAUCUUCUUUCUAAUCCGAUCCCAAUUUCCUAAUUAAUUGCCCUGUGUUUAACCAUUACAAGGGUAUUUGUACCCCCUAGAGUGUGGGCUGAAUAGAACAAAAAAAACAAUUCGUGGAAGCCAAUGCUUGAAUUAGAAAGAUAGGGUAGAAUUAAAUACCUCUCGGAGCUUUGAGGCAUGGAACUGGAUAGCCUUGACUAGUAAACGGAAUAGUUGGAGAAAUUUGAUGAUGUUUUUAGAGUCAGCAUUAAAGCUCUUAUUCUAUUAUUAUAAUUGAAUGGAAAUGUUUGGUUUGUUUCAUAAAAUACAAAUUUUUUAUUUGGAACAUUUUAAGAGCUUGAACGUUCCAAGUUUUAGAAAAAGGCUUAUAUUAUUCUAAUAAGUUGUUUUAGCAUUUAGACUUUAAAAUUUUGAGUCAUUGUUUAUAAUUCUAUAUUAUUUAUUUAUAUUCUUUUAAAAUGCAAUAUAACCUUAAAGAAUGAAAUGAAUUAAAUCGUAUUGAAAAGUGAAUGAGUGGUGUUAAAGUGAAAGAAAGCAAACUAGAAUUUCGUAGCCCAUACAAAAAUAAUUUGUUAAAAAUUGAAACGAUAGAUACAUCAAAAAAUAAAUAAAUUACAUACGUGCGAAGAAUAUUUUCAAUUUUAUCUAAAACAAAAAUGGGAUAUAAUACAAAGAAUAAAUAAUUAUGUAUAUGUUUUCAAAUAAAUAAAAAAAAAACAUUUUAAAUUAAACUUCAUCAUAACAACAUAACAAAUUACUUAGUAAAAUAUUUUUAAAAUAAAAAUAAAAUCAUAAAAUUAAUUUAAAAGAAAACAAAAAAACAAAAGCAAAUUAAAUUAAAAUAAAACGACAACAAUUAUUAUUAUUAUCAUUUUAAGAAGUUAUUUAAUAAAACAUUUAAAAAUAAAAUUAUAAAACAAAUAAAUAAAACGUAAACAAAACAGAAUAUAGACUGUUUUACAAUUUUAUUCUUUAAUUAUAAUAAAAUAAAAUUAAAUAAAAAAAAAACAACCAAAUUAAAACAAACAAACAAACAAAAAUGGAAACGUGUAUUAUGAAAAAAUGAAAACAAAAACAAAAAAAUAUGUUUGAAUGUUGUUUACAAACAUUAUUAUUGUAUUUUAAUCUAUAUGUAAUGUUAUUUUAUUCACAUAAAUAAAAUACAAAGCAUCCAUUAAACAAAA